AGGGCCGGACGCCGAAGGCGGGAUUCCAGUCCGCCGCUGGCCGGUCUCCCAGACCGGUUCUGUCCCGCCAUGAAGUUUCGCGCUAAGAUUGCGGACGCAGCCUGUCUGAACCACUUCACGCGCGUCAGCUGCAUGGUGGCCAAGCUCGCCCGCACCUGCUCCCUGCGCAUCCGCCCGCACACGCUCAACUUCAUCCUGGCCGACUCGGCGGCGGGCGGCGGGGUCAGCAUGUGGUGCGAGCUGCCCCAGGAGAACUUCUUCAGCGAGUUCCAGAUGGAAGGGGUCUCCGAGGAGAACAAUGAGAUUUACGUAGAGCUCACGGCGGAGAACCUCUCUCGGGCCUUGAAAACCGCGCAGAAUGCCAGGGCCUUGAAGGUCAAGCUGACCAACAAGCACUUCCCCUGCCUGACGGUCUCCAUAGAGCUGGUGUCUGUGUCGAGCAGCAGUCGCAUGGUGACCCACGACAUCCCUGUAAAGGUUAUUCCCAGGAAACUGUGGAAGAAUUUACAGGAACCGACAGUCCCAGACUCUGAUGUUAGCAUUUAUCUGCCGGUCUUGAAGACUAUGAAGAGCGUUGUGGAAAAAAUGAAAAAUAUCAGCAAUCAACUUAUUAUUGAAGCAAACCUCAAUGGAGACUUGAACUUGAAAAUAGAAACGGAACUAGUGUGCGUUACAACUCAUUUUAAAGAUCUUGGGAAUCCGCCAUCAGCCUCUGAAAAUGAGUCUGAGGACCGCAGCCCAGAGCAGAUGGCGGAGGUGCAGGUGGACAUCAGGAAGUUCCUGCAGUUCCUUGCUGGACAACAAGUGAACCCCACAAGGGGCGUCUGCAAUGUCGUGAGUCACAAGAUGGUGCACUUUGACCUGCUCCACGAGGAUGUGUCCCUGCAGUACUUCAUCCCAGCCAUGUCCUAGCACUGCUAACUGCAUGGAGCCCGGAGACCAUUGCCAUGACCCGGAGAGGCACGGGGUGAUGUGCUCAUCAUUUGUCAAUGUGUCCUCACAGCAGCACAAAUUCUGUACAUUUCCCUUAUUUUUUCCUCUAUGAUAGUUUAACUAGAAAUUAAAUUAAUGAAAUAGUUGAAUAAACAUGUUACUUCAUAUUACUGUAA